AUGAGGAAUAAGGCGACGAGCUACCUCCGGAAACCGAAAAUCCGCCAGUCCUGGAGCAAGUACAAUCUGUUCAACAUCACCCAAGUCCGCGCGCCGUACACAAAGUCAAGGACCUUCUUCCAGCAGAAAUGGUCAGCCAAGUCACUUGCCCGCGCAUACCACGGUGAACAGGUCCGGGAGAGUCAAUGGGAGCGCAUGUUCUCUCGCCGGCUACGAGCAGUUGUGCCCAUGGAGCCCGCAGACCUUUCUCGCAAUGAUGGCGCAGCACAGGCUGCUGGCCGUGGUUCAGGGCUUGUGGAGCGCGGCAAAACCCGUCAGGUUCCAGAGACACCGUACAUGCUGAUGACAUUUGCACCACUGGAGCGGAGACUGGAUGUUGCUAUAUUCCGUGCUAUGUUUGCUAGCAGUACCAGACAGGCAAGGCAGUUUGUCAUCCACGGAGGCGUGACGGUCAAUGGCAAGAAGAUGCAAUAUCCAGGAUACCUGUUGAACCCCGGAGACAUGUUCCAGGUUGACCCCGAGCGAGUGAUGUAUGCAACCGGAGCACCCAAGGACAAGAGCCUGCGUCGUGCAGGUCGCCUAAGACGACGAAUGGGUGCCAAGUCGAAGGAGGAGGAGAAAGAAGGGGAGGCAGAGGAGGCCAAAAGCAAUGACAAGCAGAAGAAGGAGGAGAGCAAGGAGGACGAAGACCCACGGCAGAUGCUGAAGGAGAUGCUCUCUGGAGCCAAGGGGAUCAUGGCGUCGUCAAAGGACCUGCUCCCGGCCAAGAGAAGACAAGCCAUCCGUGCUUUCCAGCGGUCCAUCAAGCAGGUGCUCUCCCGGUCAUCCACGACCACGACCAUGACAGACAACCUGGAGGCCCAGUUCCUCGCCCUGAAGAACCUGAUAGACGAGGACACUAAGCGGGCGGCUGAGGCUGCGCAAAAGGCCGCAGCUAAAAAGGCAGAACAGGCCGCUGCCACUGAAUCAACAUCCACUACUCCCUCUCCUUCAUCUACCCCUAAUGCUGAUGCCACCUCUACGACUGCCACUAAUAACAACACCACCACCACUACCACCACCACAACGAACACUGCCAAAAACAACGACAGCACUGCCUCCAACCAGGUCGAUGAUCUCGCCGCGUCCCUGUCCGACGUCGAGCUGGCAGACUACUCUGCCAGUGACCUGAAGGCCCUCAAGCGCGCCCUAGAGGAGAUCCACGAAAACCCCAUCGACAGCACGAAGCCAUAUGCCACUCCCUGGCGGCCUCGCGACUACAUGAGCCCCUUUGCCUUUGUGCCACGCUACCUGGAGGUCAACCACAACAUCUGCGCGGCCGUCUACCUGCGGCAUCCCGUGGCUCGCCCUGGCAUGGCAGAGGUGCCAACCCCUUACAACGAAACCAUUGGCCGUGCUGCCUUUGCGUGGUACCUCCGCCGGCGCUGA